AUGGCCCUCCUUAUGACUAUGAAUGACAUCAUGAAUGAUACUAGUGGUAAAGGACAGUACUUGGUGGUAUCAGCACAACCUGGCGAUGCAAGGAGAACAAGCCAACAUCCGUGGUCUUACAAAUCCAAAAUUAAUUGCAGCCCUGGCCAUUAUCCACCAGAUUAUUGUACAUUAACCAAGGCUUAUUUUCAUCAUUCUGAUCGCAUUUUCUAUCUCAAUACCACUCAUUCAAUUCCUAAUCCUGCAUGGAGUACCCAAUUGUGGACGACUAAAACGGUCAAUAUCAAAUCCGAUAUUCAAUGCCAUCACCUUUACCAUAAAGCUUUUAUAUUUACAUUUUUUUUCUAUUAUGGUCAUUCCAACAAUUUCCAUCUUCAUUAUGACACCUUAAUACCCAUUUACAGCCAGUUGAGAUUUAUUGAAAGUAGCAAUCAACUGCCUUUAAGCAAUCAAUCAAUUGUCUUAAUGCCAACAGUGGAAAAAAAACGAAUGGAAAUUCUAGAUUGGGACACCGAUGCUUUCACAAGUACUUAUAAAGAUAGCUAUUUUAUGGAAGCGCUGAAGGUAUUAACUGGUCCUCAUGCCUUCUUACCCAUGUCAAAAGCUUCAUUUAAUCAGUACCCUAACGCUAAAACGUGCUUUGAAGAAGCAAAACUAGGAACUCCUAGAGUUGAAUUUACUGAUAAAAAACUCAUUCGAGGAUAUAUAAGCUUUAUUCUUAGGAGGUUACGUAUAAAAAAAACUACACCUAAGGCUGCUCGAAUAGCUUUAAUUAAGCGAACCAAUCGCCGAUUAAUUCUAAAUCAAGAUGAACUCAUCAAUUCUGUUAAAAGCUUGGCUAAUAUCGAGCUAGUCGAUUUUAAUGGAAUGACAUUUAAGCAGCAGGUAAAAUUGAUGCGGAAAUAUUCGGUGCUGAUUGGUAUGAACGGAGCUGGUCUAAUGAAUGGUUUAUUUUUGCCAAAAGGUGCUGUAAACAUUCAGCUUGUACCAUACAAAGCUCAACUUAACUUCAAGGAAUUUGGCUCAUUGCUUAGCGUUCGAGGUCCUUACUUAGAGUGGCAUAAUCAACACGAACAUUUGAAUCAUGAUGUUCCUGGUGAUAAUUAUCACGGCCAAGCAGAUACUAUAGUUAAAGUGGAUGAAUUUGUAGAACUUAUAAAAAAAGCGUUAAAUACAGGUCUUAACGCUAAAUUGCAAAAACGAGUAAAGACGGAACUAUGA